UUAAAAUCAAAAAUCAAAACCAAAACAUUAAUUUGAUGGUUUGACUUUGAUUAAUUUGUUUAAAUAAAAAUAUAGACAUGUUAUAAAUUAAUAUUUCAAACAUUAUCUUUUUAAGAAGACAUUGAAUACAUGGCUUACUCACUUAUUAUUGUUCGUGACAGAAAGUUGUAUGACUAUGUUUGAAGUCCUGAAGUUAGAGACAACAAAUUUAUAAAAAAAAAUUCUUCCUACAUAUUAUUAUCGUGGCAAGUUAAACUAAUACAUUAAGAAAAGAGAAGCAUGCAUCUUAUUUAAGAUAGGUUUUGUUUCAGACUAACGCAGUGCGUAAUAAACCAAUAACUUAUGUGCACUGGACGAUUUGUAAAAAAAAAUAUAUAUAGAGUAUGGACAAUCUCGAUCUUUCAAAAACAUCAUUAAAACAGUUUAAAAAGAUUCCAAUUUACGUUGUGGAGGAACAUAAUGAAGCAUUACAAUUUAUAUACUCUGCUAUCGGUGGAAAAAAAUUACCACUAGAGGGAACAACCUUAGUGCAUCUAGAUGCUCACCCAGACAUGCUGAUAGAUCGUAAAUUGAAAGGAAAGGAUGUUCGGUCUGGCAGAAAACUUUUACCAUUAUUACAAAUAGAAAAUUGGAUUGUGCCGGCGGCGGCGGCUGGCCAUAUAGGUCGAGUAGUAUGGCUGCGACCGCCGUGGGCGAAGCAAUUUGCGGAUGGUACUCGCGUGAUUCACGUUGGUGACCACCCUGUAACAGGCCUACUUCGUGUAGACAGUAAAGAACCUUACUAUAUGUCCGAUGCAUUGUAUUCUGCGCAAUUGAAAAACAAAAGAAAGUUUUUAUUAACAGUCGCAGAACUUAGUGGAGUAGACGAGGAGAGAAUAAAAGGAAUUUCACAAGACAUCGAUGUUGAUGAGCCCUAUGUACUCGAUAUUGAUUUAGACUUUUUUAGUACAGCUAAUCCAUUUAUUAAUUUAUAUAAGCACAUAGAACUGUAUGAUCGCUUGGAGCCUAUUUUUGGUUUUAACCUUCCACAGCUGGAUGAUGAAGAGUCAUGCGAAAACUUCUGUGCAUCAAGAGAACAACAUUUAGAGGAACUACAAAACUUAUUUGAGCAUUUGGAAAAAAGCGGUGAUUUAAUAAAUUAUGAAGGCCCAAAAACAAAUUUAUAUCAUAAGGUAAACCAAUUAAAAGAAGUUGUAAAAGCAGAAGCGGAGAGGUUGGGUGAGCAACCAGAUUGGUGGAUGAUAUUCGCUGGCGGUUGUACACGAGAUCAAGGAGGACUGCCGCACUACAUAAGCACACAAGAAGAAAUAAAAGAAUGUGUGACGAAAACAUUAAAAGUUUUUUUAAAGCAUAUGCCGCCUCCUGUAUUGAUAACCGUUGCUCGUUCUACUGAAGAUGGAUAUUGUCCUCAAGACCAAAUAAAUUUUAUUCAAUCCAUAGUACUACAAAUUAUCAAAGAAGCUUAUAAUACCGACGAACCAGUAUUUCAUUAUUUAAAUUCUGUUGAUUAGUAUAAUUGUAUAUUUGAAAUAAUUUAAGUAUAUUUGUAUAUUUAAAA